AUGUUUGCAGAGUGCCGGGAGGUGGGGUACAGGCAGUUUGGGGAGGUGGAGGGGGGGCACAGCCUGGCAGAUGUGAAGCAGCGUCAGGAGCAGGGUUGGUUUUCCACUGACCUCUACACAGGAGACAAAAACUCAGCGCUUGGAGAGAACAAUCGCAUGAGCGGUAUCCUGACCUCGCAGACGGAGCCCUUCGACUUGUCCUUCUCUCGUUCCUUCCAGAGCUUGUCUCACCUGCCACCGUCCUACGAGGCAGCUGUGGCAGCCGACCUCAGCCGCUUCUCCUCCCUCAAGAAACUCAGUGAUAAGGACGUGGAGGAGUACUACACCCGCAAACGCCACCUCCCCGACCUGGCUGCCCGAGGCACUCUGCCCCUGCACGUGCUCCAGAUGAGCCAAGAGCAGCACCGUGAACCACCACAGCACCAGAGCCAGGCCCCUCAGCAGUCCAUGCCUCAGGCCCCGCCCCCUUCGCAGUCGUCUUCCCAGCAGCGCCAGAGGCCACGGCGCGUGCAGAGAGCCAUGUCCCAGGACCGGGUGCUGACCCCCCAGAGUGGACCGCAGCAGGACUACAGUAUGUCCCCAAACGGCAUGUCUCCUUACGGGGGCCGCAUCCUUUCUGAUGAGCAGCUGCUGUCUGCUGAGCGACUGAGGUCACAGGAGCGUCUGCUGCCCCAGGACCGCCACACGUCACAAGACCGACUCUACACCAAGGACCGCAUGAUGUACUCCAAGGAGCGCCUGUCCCAGGAGCAGCUCUACCCCAAAGACAGACACUACUCCCAAGAGCGCCUCUACUCCCAGGAGCGCCUCUACUCACAUGACCGGCUGCUGUCCCAGGACCCCCUACUCUCCCCAGACAAAUUCAUCAUGUCCCUGAAACGCGGCAUGGUCAGCAGCAUCUCCAGCGGGGGUUUCCGGGGCAGUGACAAGUCCAUGUCCCGCGCCAUCUCUCACACUGACGUCUUUAUCCCCACCACCCCCAUCAUGGAUCGAUACAAGAUGACCAAAAUGCACUCCCAUCCCAGUGCGAAUAACAACGGCAGCGGAGGCGGCACGUCAGGGGGAGGUGGGGGAGCUGCUGCUCACUCCAACACUUUAGCUAUGACCCAGACAGUCAACAAGAGACAGGCCUUUGCCUCCAGACGGACUCACACCGUGGAGCAACUCCACUAUGUUCCCCAGCACCAGCAGCAGCAGCAGGCCCAGACCCAGCACUACCGCACAGGCAGCAAGACUGAGGUGACGGUGUGA